ACAGAAGAUAACUCUCUCUUGGUGUUACAGUGAUAAAAGCUCCUGGUAUGGAAGCUCUCAAGAUUUGUCUGAGUAGACCACAAGGAGUAGCAGAUGGUGUCUCGGUAUGGGAAUGGUCUGGCUCUGCACUGGAUGAGGGAGAUGAAGCAUCAAAAUGGUUCUCAGAUUACCUAGGAAAACCCAGUCGACUGGUCCGCUUCAAUACUGAGUCAGAAGCUAGAGCUGUGGAUCCUGACUAUGCCAACGGGCACAAUAUCAUGUUCUCUGACCGCUUCCCAUUCUUGUUGUUAUCUCAGGAGUCAAUGGAUGCACUCAACAAGCUUCUCAAGGAGCCCAUACCUGUUAAUCGAUUUAGGCCUAAUAUCCUUGUUGAAGGUUGUGAACCAUUUUCUGAGGACUUAUGGACAGAGAUCAAGAUAGGCAAAUUUUCAUUUCAGGGUGUGAGGCUGUGUUCCCGUUGCAAGGUACCUACAAUCGAUCAAGAGACUGGGAUUGCAGGAAAUGAACCAACCGAAACUCUAAAGAAUCAUAGGUCAGAUAAAGUCCUAAGGCCAAAUGGAAAACAGCAGAAUAGGGUCUACGUUGGGCAGCAUAUGGUGUGGAAAGAUUAUCAUAUAGCAGGAAAUGAGAAAACACUUAAAGUGGGAGAUCCUGUUCUUGUCCUCCAAAAGGUCUCAUCUGCUGAUGAAGCAGCUGCUUGAACUGUGUAGACUUGUACAAGAACUUUUUUAAAUCACUCGAAAUAAUGAGAGAGAGAGAGAGAGAGAGAGAGAUGGAACCUUCUCUUUUUCAUCUCUUCAUAUGAAAUGUUCUUGAUGUGAUCUGCGCCAAUGUAGAAUCUACAUUUACUGAUGAAACUGCUACUGCUAAGCCUCCAUUGACAGCAGAUUAUGUAUCUUUUAUCUUUUUUUGGGUCUGAAGAUUAUGUAUCUUUUAUCUAAA